CAUUUAAAGCUGCGUGCUCAACAACAUCACAUCAUUUACAGCAAAGCUGUACAUCACAGUUGGACAUUGCUGACUUUAUACCAGAGAACCCAAAGAAGCAUCAAGAGCAAAAACCAGCCUAAUAUUUAGAGAACUACUCAGUUGAGGAAACAGCUAGAUGAUGAGUGCUGCUCAGAGUCAAACAACACUGGUGUCCAUACUGGAGGCCCUGCAGUGCCACUUCACCUGGGAUCUGGACCCCAACAGGUCUGUACUCUUACAUCGCAGGGACCAGCUGGAGGACAUCGGCACAGAGGAGGGAAACAGCUGGCUGGGUCACAUUUACAAUCUGCGGGGGUUCGUUCAAUACAAGCUGGGGUUGACUGAAGAUGCCCAGAGUUUGUUCAACAAGGCUGCAGAGGCCUUCCGACAGAUGAGAAGUGCAGUUGAGGGUCCCUGGUUAGUGGUGAACUACGGGAACCUGGCUUGGCUGAACCACCACCUGGGAGACCAAGCAGAGAGUCAGGCUUACCUGACGAAGAUCGACGCCCUGAUGAAUAAAUACCCAUCUCCAUCCCAGGACGAGCUCCAUCCAGAGAUCUACGCUGAAAAAGCCUGGACCCUGAUGAAGUUCAGCACAGACAGAAAGCUGGUUGCAGAUUACUUCCAGAGAGCCAUCAAGAUGCAGCCGGACAUGGUGGAGUGGAACACCAGCCAUGUCAUGUACAGCAACAAACAGCUGGGGGCUGACAACUUGGAGAAAGUGAGAAUGGCAAAGGAACAGGAUCCAGAGAACUUGUACCUCGCUGUUUACUACCUUGAGCAAUGUGCUAAGAAAGGAGAGAGAAUUGAAGAUGAAGUACGAGAGUUAGCCAGAAGGGUUUUGAGAAAUCCUGUCAGCAGCUACAGUGGUAUGAAAGGGUUACUAAGGCUGUACAGAAAUUAUGUAUCUAUUGACGAAGCCAUUGAUUUGGCAGAGGAGGCUCUGGAAAACCAUCCAGAUGAGCGUUAUCUGAAGAGAUGUGCUGCACUCUACUACAAAUGGUUUAUUUAUUUCAGUGACAGUCGCCCAAAGCAAAGCAUGAUAGACAGAGCGAUCAGUCUCCAUGAGGAGGUGAUUUUGCUUUACCCUCAUUGUUCACUUAUGAAGGAAAUAGACCUCGCACAUAUAUACGCAAAAUCCAAUCACGGCCAGGCUAAAGCUGAGCAGAUAUACCAGGAACUGCUAGAAAGGGAUCUGGAACCUGCAAAGAAGCAGGUGCUUUACUGCACCUACGCAAAAUAUUUAAACUUCGAUCGACAGGAUUGCAAAGGGGCAAUACAAUAUCACAUGAAGGCGGCAGCGAUACCGCAUCAGUCCGCCUUUCGUAGGAAGAGCAUUAGAGUUCUGGGGAAGUUUAAAGAUAGCAGCAGGGACCAAGUGCGAAGAAGCAAAUUAGAGGAGUUUUUGGAAAACCUGCAAGAGCCAUAGUGUUGUGAACAGCACUGGUCCUAAAUCCAGAAAAAAAAAAAAAUUUAUGGUCAGGUGUUCCAGAAGGCAGCAGCACCCUACUCAGAACAUGUAAUAUACCAUUAACUCAUAGUUUUGGUCUUUUCAUGGCCGAUGCAAAGAAAAAUAUAGUACAUUUCGAGCAGUAUCAUUUAAAGGCAGGUUUCUGCUAGUUUUUACACUAUAGUUAAUGGAAUACAUAUUUAUUAUUGAAUACCUUAUUGGAGCCAUAUAUGUUCAAUCAUACUAUUUUCCCCGAGGCAAAUUUAGCAUUUUUGCCAUACAUUAUAGCAUGAAAACUGAAAACGCAGUUGUAAUAUUUUAGCAUGUUAUUUUACCUGACAAAGUUCCUUGUAAAUAACAUCCCAGGGGCAUCAAUCAUGAAUUUGUUGUUCCUCGUCUUCCUCAGGAAACAAACAAACUUCCAGAAACACACGUCUAAUGAAUCAGGGUCUUUAUUUCUGACAAAUGUAAGGUCAGAGUGUGAAACUCAUUCUUGACAUACAUAAAACACAUCUUCUACAUUUACACAGAUUCAAAAGUUAUCAAUAAUGGCCAGAAAUAUCUGAAAACGGGGAGUACUAUAUUAGAUGUUUUUCUCUCAGAGGGUUCGAACCACAGAAUGAGGCUGAAAG